AUGAAGGCCGUGGCGCUGUGCUGCCACGAGUCCCUCACGCAGCUCGACGUGAGCAGGUGCGCGCGCCUCAACGCGGAGAGCUGCGGCUGGCUCAGCGGCACCUUGGGCUACGGGCAGCCGUCGUGCCGCAACCUGCAGAGCCUGGACAUCAGCGGCUGCGCGCGCAUGACCGACGACGCGCUGAAGAGUCUGGGCGUGGGCUGCCGGCGCCUGCGGUUCCUGGGCAUCGCCGCGUGCAAGGACGUCACGGACAAGGGCGUCGCGCGGCUCGCGUCGCGGUGCGCGCGGCUCGAGGUGCUGGACGUGAGCGACUGCCACGGCGUCGGCGACCGGAGCUUCCGGGCUCUGGGCCGCCACUGCCACCACCUGACGGCGCUGCUAGCGCCGCGGUGCGGCGAGCUCACGAACAAGUCCGUGCGCGCGCUCGCGCGGGGCUGCCCCGGGCUGACGACGCUCAACGUCGCCGGCGCCGCGCCGUUGUCGGAGAGCGUCUUCGGCGAGCUCGCCAUGGGCUGCCGCGCGCUCCACACGCUCAACGUGACGGGCUGCGAGGAGGUGACCGCGAACGGCCUGCGCCAGGGCAGGACAAGAGAGCGAAAUUCCCAACUUCAAAGGCUCCUUUCUCGGCCGUUUUCCACUCGUUUCGGCUGA